AGCUCUUCUAACGGCUACGUGUUCCUCUAUAAAAAAAAAAUUAAAACAACAAAAAAUAAGUGCAACAAGUGUUUUCAUAACUAAAAAUUUAUUUAGUAAAGUGCAGUGCGUGAUUAAAAGAAAGCCUUUAAAGCUAGUUACGUGAGUUUUUCCUUGAAGCUAUGUCCGCUUCUACACGCAAUAAACACUCAAAGCAUAAUAAUAAUAAUAAAAAUGAAAAGCUCGAUAUAAGCAAGGACGAAUUUGAGCGCAUUAGCGAGGCUCUGAAGAACGAAGAGUUUCGUAAAUUGUUUUUCGAUUAUAUCGACGAAAUACAAGAUCCUGAGAAUCGCAAACUCUACGAAGAGGAAAUCAAGCAGCUCGAGAAGGAACGUGGCGUUGAGGUAACCUUUAUACAUCCCAAGCCUGGUUUUGUCAUCAAGUCGGCCAUAGAUGGUGAGGUCAAGUGCUUUAUCAACAUUGCCAGCUCGUCGGAGGUGGAGCGGCCGCAUAAUGAAAUUGCCGUAAAUCCGCAAACGGGCUCGCGCGGUCUUAGCUGGAGCAUACCCAUGGCGCAGACGGCAGCGCGCGAUGAUUUCGAUGCAAAGAACAAUCACUGCAAGGUCUACGAUGUGGUGUUUCAUCCGGAUGCACUGCAUCUGGGCACGCGCGACAAGCAGUUUAGGCAAUGCUUGAUCGACACGGCGCUGGAUGCUGUGGAGCGCGAAUAUGGCGUGCACUUGGAUCGCGCUAAUCUCAAAUUUCCCAAGCUGGACUACAAGGGCGUGUCGCGGCCCACAGUGAUACGCAAGCUGGCCAAAGAUCCUACAGCCGAGGAGCGCGAGCCGCAUCCGCUGGAGCAUAUGUAUCCCAAGAAACCAGAGCCUGGCGCUGGCAAACCCAAGGUGCUGCCCAUGAAGACCAAGCUAACACCCAAGCCCACAUUCACGGUGCCCAACUACAGCAUCAAGCAUAGCCAUGAUGUGGAUCUUUCGGAAUAUACAGAUGAGUUGGAUGCCAAGCUGCAAGCAACUGUGCCACGUGCGCUUGUUGUGGAGAUUGAGCUGCCGCUGCUUAACUCCACAGCCGACUGUCAACUGGAUGUGACCGAACGUUCCGUUUAUUUGCUGAGCGAGCGUCAAGGCGCCAAGUACCGCCUCAAGCUUGAUCUGCCCUAUACCGUGGACGACAAAUCGGGCAAUGCACGUUUUGAUCUCGAGCGCCGACGUCUCUGCAUUACGCUGCCCGUUGUGCGCUCCACGGCGCGUCAGCAGCGCGACAUGCACGAUACGCUACGUCUGCUUAGCCGCGAGGACAGCGGCGUGGAGCUGCACUCGAACAGCGAGUCGCCCGCCGAGGAGGAAGAGGAAGCCGAAGAGCAAGCCAAGCCCAAGCCCAAAGCUAUUGUGGAGCUGCCCGAGCAGGGCGCAUCCGAUGAUGAGGCUGCCGAGUCAUCUAAUCCCAUCACUGCCAUAGUUACACCCCGCACGUUCCUAAAAACGCAUUUGCACUACAAGUUGCCACCGAAGUUUGAUUGCAAUGCGCUGGACGCGCUUUUGGCCUUUGUGCUGCAUGUGCCCAAUGUGCAGCCGGAUUCCAUGGAGACGCUGCAGCUGGAGCGCAGUGUCUAUGUGCAGUUUGCCUCCAUGGGCAGCGGCUACUAUCCCAUAUACUAUGCGUUCCAUAUGCAGUUGCCGGCGGAGCAGCAGCUGGCAGAGCUGCGCAUUGAGCAAGUGGAGCUGGAUGCGUCCGAUGAGAAUGUGGUCAUGCGUUUAAGCAUGAGCGCAAGCUGUGAGCUACUAACAAGCUAUCUGGCUGGACUGGAUGCUGAGCAAUUAAAGUCGUAUGCCAUGUUUAAAGUGCAUGAAGUGGAGCUGGAGCUGGAGCAGCAGGCGGAAACGCUGCAUGUAAGCAUGGAGCGUAAUGAGCAGCAGCUGGCAGUUACCAUAGAGCCAGAGUGCAAGCUAGAGGAGGAGGAAGAGCAGCAGCAGCAACAGCAGCAAGCUGAGCAUGAGCAGCAGCAGCAACAGAUCAAGGAGCAGCAGCAAAAGAAGCUAAACAAAAAGCAGCGCAAGCGCAAUAAGAAGCAACGUUCGCUAAGCGAAUCCGCUUGUGAGGAACUCAAGGAGCAGCGGGAGCAACAGCCGCCCGUUGUGUCAAGUCAACCUGUAGCCACUUUAAAGCUGCCGGCACGCAAGCAGCGCAGCUACUCGGAGUGUAAUGAAAGCAGCGGCAGCGCAGCCAGCAGCGUACAACGCGGCAUACUCAAGCGCUUUAGUCGCUACGGACCACGUCCCUCGAUCUCGGACAGCUGCUCCUCCAUCGAUGAGUGCUGUUCGUAUUCCUGCUCCAUAGAGGGCAACGCAUUCUCAUCAUCAUUUGGCGGCAUACCCGAGGAGGAUGCUACGCUCUCGGAGAGCUGCAAGAAGACUGUUAGAUUUAAUGAUCAUAUAAUGAAGCAAGUGUUUAGACACGACUCGAGCAUUUUGGGUCAACGCAAGAAGAACCAGAAGCGUCGCGAUUGCAAAUUGCGCGCUCAGCAGCGACGCCUAAGCGAAGGCGACUCUGCCGACUACGAGGAGACAUUGCCACAUGCACCAGCUGCCGAGCAGACCACUGCCAAUGCCCAGUAUUUCAAGCAAACCAAACAACAGCAUCAGGAUAACAAGGAGAACAAGAAGGAUUCGUCGUUGCAUGAUAGCGGCCUGGACUUGACUGCUGGCGAGGAUGCCAAGCGCAAGAAGAAGCGUCUACAGCAGCAGGCACAGCAGGAGUCCAUGAUGUUUGAAAUGGAUGAUGAUAUCUAAAGCGUUUGUUUAAACAAUAACAGCGUGUGUGUAUUUUCGAGGCAUAUACUUCUUUUUUUUGUAUUUUUAUUAUAAUUAUUUUGAACAUUUAUACAACAAUCUUAUCAAUGUAAGCGGCGCUCAAUUCAAUUGCAAAUUGUUAAACGUUCAGGGCAACAAUGAAAAUCAAAAAAAAAAACAACAAAAAAG